AUGACAGAAUAAAAAUAAAAAUAAGUCUUUGAAAAGAUAGAAAAACAUUUUGGAUUCCUUCCAAACUUAUUCAAAAACUUUGAUGGUUUCCCUGUUGGAGCUGAAGCUUUUGCCACUUUUGCCUCAUUAAUAAUUGAGCAUACUCCAGAGAACAAAUUACCAUUAUUAUAACCAGAAAUUGAAUAUUUAGGUGUUAAAACUAGUGAAGAAAAUUAGUGCAAAUAUUGCUAAACUCACCAUUAAACUGCUUUGUAGUAGCUUUUGAAAGAUGCAUCUAAUACUAUUCCAGAAAAUAAGAGAGCUGCUUUAGAUAAUUUAGCUCAUAUCAUUGCUAAGGAACCUCACAAGGCAGGUAAUGAUGUAAUGAAAAAUAAAUUUAAAGAAGCAGGGUACACAGACGCAUAAUUUAAACAUGCAGUAAUGGUAGUGAAUGUUUUCUGUGUUUCUAACAGAUGGAAUUUAGCUAAUUCUACAGGCAUCGAAGAGAAUUUCAACCUUAUUUAUAAAUUAGGAUGA